AUGUUCCUCUUCGACUGGUUCUAUGGCAUUCUCGCUUCUCUCGGUCUCUGGCAGAAAGAAGCCAAGAUUCUCUUCCUCGGUCUCGAUAAUGCCGGCAAGACCACCCUCCUUCACAUGCUCAAAGACGAGAGAUUAGUUCAGCACCAGCCGACCCAGCACCCCACUUCGGAGGAAUUGAGCAUUGGGAAGAUCAAGUUUAAGGCUUUCGAUUUGGGGGGUCAUCAAGUUGCUCGCAGGGUCUGGAAAGACUAUUAUGCCAAGGUGGAUGCUGUUGUAUACCUGGUCGACGCCUAUGACAAAGAGAGGUUUGCGGAAUCUAAGAAGGAGCUUGAUGCUUUGCUUUCAGAUGAAGGCUUGGCAGGUGUUCCAUUUCUUGUUCUUGGAAACAAGAUUGACAUCCCUUAUGCAGCAUCGGAAGACGAGCUACGGUUUCAUCUAGGCCUGACCAAUUUCACCACCGGCAAAGGAAAGAUCAACCUCGCAGACUCCAACCUUCGACCCCUUGAAGUGUUCAUGUGCAGCAUUGUGCGCAAGAUGGGGUAUGGUGAAGGCUUCCAGUGGGUUUCCCAAUACAUCAAGUAG